AUGGCAGCUAAGUUCGUCGUACUUGCUCUCCUGGUGGCGGCUGCUCAAGGCAGCGCUAUCCACGGCCAUGGCGCUGAUUACACCAGCUUCUCAUAUGGCGUAUCAGAUCCUCACACCGAUUCUGUUAUUGAUAUAUUCAAAUCAAAAAUUGACAGAUUGAUAUAUCUCGCCUGUGCCUACUCCUUCGGGGAGUCUUCUGCCUAA